AUGGACUACGACGCCAUGGAUAUAGAGCCCCAAGGGCCCCAGGUCACCGUCCGCGAGCACAGCUCGCAUCUAACAUGGAGAAUUCAGGCUGAACCAUACCGUGUUGACUUCCGCCUCAGCUCUGUCGACCUCGCCUUCGCCAACUCCUUUCGUCGUACCAUCCUAGCAGAAAUACCCACGGUAGCCAUAGACGUUGUCGAAAUAGAAGUAAACACCUCCGUCCUACCAGACGAAUUCAUCUCUCACCGUCUAGGCCUGAUACCCCUCUGCUCAAAAAACUGCGACACAGACAUGCUCUAUUCACGGGACUGCGACUGCGAAGGCGGGUGCCAGCGAUGUGUUAUCAAUCUGUCGCUACAUGCCAAGUGUACCAGUGAAGAGAUCAUGAAGGUAUAUGCGAGAGAUCUGGUCGUUGUAGGGGACAGGGCGAACGAGUGGGUAGGUAACCCUGUAUUGACGGAUCCGGAGGGCAAGGGGCCCAUUAUAUGUAAGCUGCGGAGAGGUCAGGAGGUCAAGUUCAACUGUAUAGUGAAGAAAGGUAUCGCGAAGGAACAUGCCAAAUGGGCUCCUACGGCUGCUGUCGGUUUCGAGUAUGAUCCGCAUAAUAAUCUCCGGCACGUCGACUACUGGUUUGAGGAGGAUCCGAUCAAAGAAUGGCCCCUUUCGGCAAACGCUGGGUGGGAAACGGCGCAGCCACGAGACAUGCCGUUCGACUACGACGCCCAGCCAAAUACAUUUUACAUCGAUAUCGAGAGUAUCGGCAACUUAGAGCCUGACGCUGUCGUGCAGCAGGCCAUCAUUAUGAUGCAGCGCAAACUAGCUGAGAUCAUAUCCGGCUUGACCGGCGCAGACCAGGAACGAGGCAUGGUCAACGGUGGUAUCGACCAGGAUGGCGCUGGUGCUCGUAGUCCGGAUGCUUAUGAGCCGCCUGAGGGCAUCGAUGGCGGGUUCACCGCUUACGGCGGCGCCAAUGGGGCGGGCGGUGCGGGUGCGGGUGCUGGCAGCGGGAGUGUUUGGGGUGGUGCUGGCGGCACGACUCCCUAUGGAGCUACACCUUACGGUCAGGGAUACGGUUUUUAA